AUGUCGGACAAGUUCGGGUCGUACGUGUCCACGAACGAAGUCCAUACUCUUGUCAACAACAUAGACCUUCAAGACAUGAGGGAUGUACCCAAGGUGGGCGAACACCUGAGGGCGCCCUCAGGUGUUCGCCCACCUUUCGUGGUACUGCUGCCGGACCGACCGGGCGGCAACAGCGAGAUGGACGACCAGUCGCUCGCGCCAGGCGACUGCACCGCGACCACCGUCGUCCAGCGCCUUCCACGCGCUGCUGCAGGUCUAUGGUUCAAUGAUGUGCGCGGCCAUGAUAGGAAUUGA